AUGGCCGAAUCAGCGCAGACUGAAGCUGCUGACGAAGAAGCGGGAAUGCGCGACGGAGGCAUGCAAAAGCAGGAGCGAAGCAGCGAGUCACAGCGACCCUGA